AUGGAUGACAAGUUGGGGGAUAAGAUUCUAAUUAGGGAAUUCAAUGAAGAAAGAGACUCUGAAGAAGUGAUGAAGCUUGAGAAGAACUGUGAAAUAGGGUCUAAAGAAGGGAUCUCUAUAUUCACUAACAUGAUGGAUGACCCUUUAUGUAGGGUUAAGCUGUAUCCUGUUCAUGUUAUGCUGGUUGCUGAGUUGCUCAAAAACAGGAAGCUUGUCGGAAUGGUUCGAGGAUGCAUCAAAUAUGUGGGCACUGGAUCUGUGGGAAGACAUGUGAAUUUGGGUUGCAUAUUGGGCCUCCGAGUCUCUCCUAGGCACCGGAGGAAGGGAAUUGGAUUAAAACUUGUGGAAUCAAUUGAAGAAUGGUUGAUGAGAAAUGGUGCACAAUACACUUCCCUAGCCACUGAGGAGAAGAACGUCGCCUCUACGAAUCUCUUCAGUGUUAAAUGCAAUUAUGUAAAGCUCAGCUCAUUACGCAUAUAUGUUCAACCAGUUAAUUCACCACCAAAAGAUCCUCCAUCUCAUAUUACUCUUGAAAAGUUGUCGAUAGAUCAGGCGAUUUUGUUUUACAACAAUCAUCUGAGGGGCAAAGACAUGUAUCCUGUUGACAUUGAUGAGAUCUUGAAGGAAAAUUUGAGCCUUGGCACAUGGCUAUCGUACUACAAAGAAGAUGAUUGGGAUGGUUUGCAUGACGAGGACAUGAUCAAUUCUAGAACUCCAAGCUCUUGGGUCGUGACAAGCAUUUGGAACACCAGUGAGACAUACAAGCUUCAAGUAAGAAAGUCCCAUCCAUUUAAUUUUUUUCAUGCAACUUUAAGCCAUGCAAGAGAUGUAAUCUUCCCUUGCCUUAAAAUGCAAGUAAAUUAUCACUCACUUCAGGAAACUUUUGGGUUUUUCUUCCUCUAUGGGCUUCUUGGGGAAGGAGAGAGACUUGAGGAGCUAAUGAAUUCACUGUGGAGCUUUGCAUCAAGAUUGGCUGAUCAAAAUAAGAAAGAUUGCAAGGCAAUAGUGACCGAGCUCGCUGACUCCGAUCCUCUUAGAGAGCAUGUCCCUCAAGGAUCCUCCAUGUCAUGCAUCAAUGAUCUCUGGUAUCUGAAGAGAGCAAAUGAUCAACAAGCCAGUGAUGAGGAAGAGGAUAACUUGAUGGCCAUGAGACCUGUGGGGAAUGUUUUUGUUGAUCCAAGAGAUUUUUAG